UGGUAUACUUUAGUAGCGCUGAGUGGAUUUUUACAGGACCGUCUGUUCAGUGUGUUAAAAUAAAACAUUUUGAAAGAUAUAUAGCGAAAAUAUAGGGAAGUGUCGACCUCAAUAUUGCAAUUUUUAAAAAAAAAGAUAAGGUUAAUUUCGAAGAUAUUGGUCAAUUUCGAAAAAUGGCCUUUAUAUAUAAGAUUGAAAGGAAUACGUGUUAUUUGUUCAAACGAAAUUAUCAUUUUCAGUGGUAUGGAAAUGAAGAAAGUUGUUUUCAACGGUAUGGACCGGACAGAAACUAUUAAAACGCUCAGGUUCAUGCUUGACAUAUGUAAUAUGUUUGAUAUAAUUAAGAAAAUUAGAAUACGAACACCUCCUGUUUUCCGAAAGUAUGCACCAAAAUAAAUCGAAAAUGGAAUCCCACCGCUUCGGAAGGUUCAAAAUCGACUGACCAUUGGAGGAUUUAAGUUGGCGUCAUCCUAAGCUACUAAUAAUGCUGACAUUGCAAACUUGUUGUUUUGAAUACCCACUGAUAUAAGCACUGAAUCUUUUCGGUUGAAUUUUUAUAUUUAUUGAAAAAAACAUUUGUACAGAAACAUUAUUCAACACAAUCCAAAAAAAAAAUUGUGGCACUCGAAAAAUGGGAUUUAACAGAAGCAUGGUACGACAAAAGGAGAAGCAGGUGUUAAAAAAACAUUUCGGAACUAAUAACAUCGACUCGACCCAAUUUGGUUAGGCAGAAAUAAUGGUACUGUUACAUCGCAAUGUUACAGAAAAUGACUAGACAAUCUUGGAAAAAACAAUUUAACAUUAAUGUCGUAGGCAUUAGGCAAAAGCUGCGUUGGAUGGUACUGACAUUGUUACAUUGUGACUCCAUCGUGAUUCCACAGAUAGUGACAUAACAAAAAGUGAUUUAACAGGACUAUCUUCGUGUAAGAAGUCAAACCCUGAUUAUGCCGUGAAAAUGGCAGUGAAGGGCACAAAAUAACACGCGAAGAGGACAUCCGAGACACGCAAGAUAUCUCAGUAAUAAACAACAUCAUGGGUCCAGUCUUGGAUAUAACUCAAAACUGUCACGGAGCAGCUCUGCAGAUUACUGAGAUAGGCUGAAGGCUGACGUGAGUGAAGCCCGAAAAUGUCCGGCAACUUGAGGGUGUACGGGGACGUGGAUGAGGAGGCAGAAGAGACACCGGUCGUUGGGGACGGCGGAAAAGCUGAAACAGUAAAAGUUUAUGAGCCAGAAAAGACACAGGUCAUCGAAAAGUUCUUCACAGACCAAUUGCUUAAAAUAAACAAUGUAGGUCUUAUAACAAGAGAUCCGGAAAUAGGCAAACAGGGAAAGUUCAUUAUCAAAUGCGUUCCAUCAAAAAGGGAACGGCUUACCCCACUUCUAGACAAACUUGAUCGGGAAAUAGAAUCAUUUCAAUACGAGGAUGUUUCUAUGACCGAGAACUUCAGUUUGCUAGCGGACUACAUCAGGAAGGAGGAGCAGUCAAAGAGCCCGGUGCUGUACCUGCCAGAUGCAGCCAAUCAUAAUGUUAGGGUUUACUACAGGGAAGACGACAGACACAUUGUUAUUAAGUUGAGGAGGGAGCUAGGUAUCAUACCUAAACAAGGAUCUCGUAGGAGGAGAACGCAGACACAGCAAGAGGAACAGGAGAUGAAUGUGUAUCAUGACAAUUCAAACGUGCGGCCACAAGGUGACCCGAGACGCAAUUUUGACGACGCCAUGAAAUUUGGUAGCAAAGCAUCAGGAAAUGUCGACGAUGACGAUGAUUGUCAAUAUGAGGAAAUGGACUGGGAAACAAGCGGCUCGGAACACAAGUUGCCCAGUGGAAAAUAUUCUUUUGAGAAGAAGUUUAAAAGUGGAUUCAAGUUUAAGGUGUAUAAUGAAUCGAUUCUUCGUCUCAAGGUGGACGUCAUCGUGAAUGCGGCCAAUGACUGUAUGAUGCACGGAGGAGGUGUAGCCAGGGUAAUAUCAGACGGUGCUGGUCGACAACUUGACAUGGAAAGUCGUGCCUAUGUUGACAAACAUGGUGAUUUAAAUGUUACCGAGAAUAUAGUAACAUCUGCUGGCAAGCUUCGAUACAAAAGUGUUAUACACGCAGUAGGACCACAGUGGCACAUGUAUGAUGAUAAAGUGGAGUGUCUAGACGUUCUUCACGAAACCAUCAUGAAGGUGUUCGAGACUUGCGAGAGAGAUGGAAUUAAAAGUGUAGCGAUACCAGCUAUAAGUGCAGGAAUAUUUGGUGUCCCCAAGCAGUUGUGCUCUGACAUGUAUGUCAAGGCGAUUGUAGAUUUCGACACAAUGUUCUCAAAAGGUCAAUACAAGUAUCCGACUGAAGUUCACUUUGUCGACAUUGACAACGAAAUUCUAAAACUUGUAAAAGAGUCGGUGCAAAAAUGGGAAAAAGACCCGGGGUCGAUAGAUCAGAGAAAGACUAUACCCAUGUACUUGAAGGACAACCCGAUGUCUGCUGGUCGAGCCUGGAGAAGAGGCAGACAUCGUCCUCCUCAGCAAGGUUCUGGGCAAGCGGGCUUGUCAGGCGGAGCGAAUUUUACAGGCACUCGUGGUGCAUCAUGGCCGAAUGAUGGCAAUAAACCACUAGCUUUUGAAGACUUGGGCAUAACAUGUGAAGUUAAGAAGCUCCAACCUGAAACGUUUCGUUGGGGUGAAACAGCAAAUGUUUACAAUAUCAAUUCAGAUAUGACUGUAAAAAUAUUCAAAGGGGAUAUUGACAAGAUUACUGGCAUGGAUGUUGUUGUUUGUGGAAUAGGAAAGGAUUUGGAGCCCAAGGGAUUUAUUGCUGAUGCUCUUAAAACAAAAGGCGGUCAAGCAUAUAAGGACAGUCUGGGGGCUGCUAUCAAAGCCAAGAAAAAGAAAUUCUUAAAGCCAGAUGUUGGAUCCGUUGUGAAAUGUAAGGCGGGUAACCUUAAAGUCAGGAAUGUUUUUCAUGUGAUUUUGGAAAAGCUGAAAGAUGCCAACCAUGACGAACUAAAACAUUACAAAACAUGUGUUGUCAAGGUGUUGGAAAAGUCUAGAAAAGAGGGAUUGAAGAAAAUUGCUAUGCCAAUGUUUGCCACAGGUCUUAUUCAAACAAAUGAGGAAAAGCUGAAGAAAUGCUGCAUCGCAGUUUUACAAGCAUUUGACAAGUUCUGUGAUGAGAAUGCUGGAAAGAGCUUGAAAAUUACAGAAAUCCAUUUAAUUAAUAACGAUGAGACUGUUCGUAAAGCACUGAUGGGAGUGUUUGAUACAGCGACUAAAAGAUAUGGCCACCACGCAAAACGACAGAAUAGCUAUGAUGGUUCAGGAGGCAACAGGUCUCAGCGCGAUCAAACGCAUAUCAGUGAAACUCGGAAACGUGAUGGUAGUUACGAGAAUGGCGCCAGAAGUAUGGAAGAUAGCACCAACAGAAGAUAUAGCAAGGGUAAAACGUAUUCCAGUCAAGAUGGCAAUGAAAGUCGGAAAACGAGUAUUAUUAAUAGGGAAAAGGACUCCGAAAAUAAACCCAAACGACAGUUUGAAAAGCAACCAUUACCGCGUAAAUUAGCGGGCCCUUCUGUUCAAAGUGCUAGUACUGGAGGCGAUAAUGAGAAUACGUAUGAUUACGUAUACACGACCACACCAAAGAGAGAGGAAGAACACAAGCCACCUAAACCUACCCCAGAAGACCAACCACCCAAGAAAGGAAAUUUACUGAUAUUUGAUGACUAGGAUGGACAUUGUUUUUUAACAGGGUUGCGUUUAUGUACAGCAACACGGAACUUACCGAGAACCUUCGAAUAAAAAGAUCAUACUUAAUUGCAUAGCGUUAUAUUGACGCACCGCCUGCAUGUUUUAGCUGCCGGAAGACAAGGGUUUAUAUAUGUAUGUCAUGUAUUACUUAUAUUUUUAUGGACAUCUCUGUUUUCUGUUUACGUGUUUAGUAUAUGACAAAAUUUUAAACGCAAUUAACGAUUUUGGUGAUUUUGUUUGAUUUGAUUUAUGGUCUAGAUGAAUAGUAUUAAAUAUUUAUUAUUUGCCCUAUUUUCUAAACAUCUAGGUAUAAUACCUCCUCAAAGCAAAGACGGACGGUGGCGAUUGUUAUGUAGGAGUGAGCUUUUCGGUAUGUUAAUCGGUCGGUUUUGUCCGCAUGGGGUACCUAUGAAAGGGUCAACGGAUUUAGAUAGCUUUUAGAACAAUUUUCACUGAUUAAUGACGGAUGUAUGGCGCCCUUUUAUCAUAGAAUUUGCCAAAAAUACGGUGCCCGGACAAUGACUCUUGAAGGGGAUGACCGAUUAAAAUGAUUUUUGGACACACGUUUAAUGCUAUGAUUUAUUUUAAAAUUUGUACUCAAUCAAAGCACUUUAGCUGGUAAAGGAGUAAAGGCAUUACAUACAUUGUUAAUAAAUGUUAAACCUUUUGUUUUUAAGCCAAGUACGGCGUGUCAGUUGUUUUAUCCAUUGGUUGUUUCAAUAUUAAAUUACGGAUGUGAUAUAUGGGGAUUAAGUCAGAAUAAGGAAACAGAACGUAUACAUCUGAUAUUCAGUGAUACUGUGUUACAUGCCAAAUUUAUCAUCUAUACCAGUUGUGUUUGGCGAGCUUGGAUGAUACCCAUUAUAUAUUAAUUUAUAUGCUAGUAUUAUUAAAUGUUGGUGUAAAAUAUUAUAAUCUUAUAAUUGUAUUGUACAUACACUAUAUGAAAAUAUGUUGAUAUUGCUCGAAGAAAAGGAAUUGAGCAUCUGAUGGUAAGAAUUUGUUAAGACAUUGCAGCUUUCUUACAUAUUUGGAAUAAUGCAAGUAAUGUAAACUUGAAAUAUUUCUAUGUUGUAUUCAAACAAAGGCUGUUAGUUCAGUUCAGGCAAGUAUGGUAUACCUCAAUAGAUUAUCCAUGUUUUGUAUGUGGACAAUGAGUUUAAAAGUGAAUUUGUGUUCUCAUUAUACUUGGAUAAAGUUCCGAAAACUUACUGCAUUGCAUUCACUAAGCUAUCCUCGAACCUUUUACACAUUGAAACUAGUAGAUACCCUCUUAUGUGAUGCUCUGAUGAGUAAGAAGGUGAAUAUUAUUGUGUAUUUAAUUGUAAAACUAUAUAUUAGGAAAAACUAUCUUAAGUAAUCGUAUUAUCUUACAGCAAGUGUUAUGAAAUACAUAGAAUUAUUGCAAAAAAUGAACACUAAUGUACUUGUACGCUUAUGAAAAUAUAUAAAUGAAGCUUUAAUUAUUCGUUCGGAAAAUGACAAUAAUGUAUUGUAAUUAUGAACGAUAGCAAUCAUGUGUUUGAAAUAAGUACUUAAUGCAACUCCAACCUCGCAUUACUUGUGUUAACGCUUUACUUACAUGAAAGAAUUAUGCUUCUUUUCGUAUGAUAAGGUUACUCUAUUACCUGGUUUUCAUUAUCACUCAUGUAGUUAUUAUUUAUUUUUAAAUACCUAUAUAUACUAUUAGUUGUGAUCACCAAUAAUGUUAAUCAUUUAAACAAUGUAACAAGAAACAGUGUAUGUUGACGUUAAUUAAUAAAUAUGUUUGAAUCAUGAA